CCAGUUACCAUGGAAAUCUCGCCAGGAGAUGGUGAGAUAGAUCCUCAUGAGGGGCGCGAGUGUAUUCAGCACCUUGGACAGCAGCGGUGUGUCGGCCCUCCUUUCUGUCAGACUCGAUAUUAUAUGCUUAUUGUCAUCGGGGAAAUUUCAACAGAUUAUCAUCUUGAUUUAGUUAAAGAACACAUUAAAAGAGGAAUUCUGUCAUGGGAGACUGAUUCGGCUGUCUGUGACUUGAACAAGGAACUGAAGCUCUUCGAAACAAAACAUUCUGCCCACUUUUCUUCAGAAGUUAAAGGACAAAGACUUUUGCAGUACAAGAGUAGUGUUCUUGAGACUGUCGUAUUAGUAAAUCCAUCUGAGGAGAAUAUUAAUAUAGAGAUCAGAUCACUGCUCUGUGACUCAGCAGGACAUAAGUUGUUGGUCAUAAGUGGACAGAGUACUAAUCAGGGUGAAGGCGUUAUCCUGCAAAGUGGAGUGUUUGGCUGGAAACAAUUCUCUGGCAUUAUCUCAAGUCGUAGGAUUAAAGAUCUCUUGAACCAGCCAUUUGAAACUCAGAAAGCCUGUUUGACUGUGUCCUGUAAAGAAGAGGGAGGCUGGAGCUCCCUAGGGUGUGAACAGGAGCAGAGCCUACUGGUGUAUAGAAUGAACCCUGAGCCUGUGCUGGCUGAGAUGGAAGGUGUGACCGAGUUCACAGAAUAUGUCUCUGAGACAGUGGACGUUGUCUCUCCUCUUGAGCUUCUGGAACCACCGACCUCAGGAGGGUUCCUCAAGUUGUCCAAGCCAUGCUGCUACAUCUUUCCUGGAGGACGGGGAGAUUCUGCUUUGUUUGCAGUUAAUGGGUUCAAUAUUUUGAUUGAUGGUGGAUCGGACAGAAAAUCUUGCUUCUGGAAGCUAGUCAGACAUUUGGAUAGGAUUGAUUCUGUUCUCCUUACUCAUAUAGGAGCAGAUAAUCUUGCUGGCAUCAACGGACUGUUACAGAGAAAAAUUGCGGAGCAGGAAGAAGAGAAGACCCAUGGUUCAACUGGCUUUGGAGACUGGAUGAAAAACUUGAUCUCACCAGAACUUGGCGUUGUGUUCUUUAAUGUUCCUGAGAAGCUAAAGAUGCCUGAAACCACACUAAAAGCAAAAAGGAGCAUCGAGGAGGCCUCUCUCACUCUGCAAUACCUUCAGAAACUGGGCAUCAAACCUGAACCUUUAUAUAGAGUUGUGAGUAACACAAUUGAGCCUUUAACACUCUUUCACAAGUUGGGUGUUGGCAAAUUAGACAUGUAUGUUCUAAAUCCUCUAAAGGACAGUAAAGAAAUGCAAUUCUUCAUGCAAAAGUGGUCUGGUAACAGUAAAGCAAAGACUGGGAUUGUUCUGGCCAAUGGCAAAGAAGGUGAGAUUUCUGUUCCUUACCUCACAUCGGUAACAGCUCUGGUUGUGUGGGUACCUGCCAGUCCAUCUGAAAAAAUUGUCAGGGUCUUGUUUCCGGGAAAUGCCCCACAAAACAAGAUAUUUGAGGGUCUGGAAAAGCUGAGGCAUCUCGAUUUCUUGCGAUAUCCAGUAGCUACUCAGAAGGACAUGUCAUCUGGAGCUCCACCUCCACUGAUCAAACAAAGUAAGAUGAGGCUGAGUACAAGUAGCAAAGAAAGUCUUAAAUCCUCCCCUAAAAUGUCGCCCACUACAAAAGCAAGCAAGAAGGAGGCAAAUGAAGACAUUGAGUCAAAGAGCGACUCAGUGAAGGAGAGCAAAGUUGAAAAGAAAGAGAAGAAAAUUAAAGAGAGUGUUAAAGCUCCAAAAACACUGAAACCCAAGACAUUGUCUCCUGAUUCAGUUAACCAAGAGAAAAAGAAACUGCAGAAGGAAAAACCUCCUAAAAAACAUAUCAAAGAGAAGGUUGCCAAAGAGGAGAAGAAAGAUCAAGAAAAGAAAGAACCAAAGAAAGAAAAGAUAGAUAUCAAAAAAGAGAACUUGGUUAAAAAAGAACCCAAAAUUAAAGAGGAAAAGAAAAAAGAAAAACCUAAGACAGAACUGAGAAAAAUUACUAAACCUGACUUAAAGCCUUUCACCCCUGAGGUCAGAAAGACUCUGAACAAAGCUAAGGUUCAAGUAAAGCCUAAAGUAGAAAAAACUAAAGCUGUGAAAGAGCAAGAAAACAGGCCAGCUGCCAAGCAAGCUUCACUAGAGAAACAUGGGAGUGAAAGGUCCAUAGUCUCCUCCCCAGAGGAUCUAACCAAGGAUUUUGAAGCCUUGCGACUGGAAGAGGAGCUUUCCAAGCCCACAGAAAGCAAAAUUUUUUCAACUCUUCAGUCUUCAGUUGACACUGUUGUCCCUCACAUUGAAUCUCCUGACGAGGGAAUAAUCACAACAGAUGUUGAGACAGAAUCCCCUCAUGAAGAGAGGGUACCUUAUGGAGAAACGACAGGUGAACCCCCCUCUAAAUCUGUAGAUAGAUUUGAGGAAGAAGGUGCUGCCACAGAAGAUGACAUAGAAGAUGAAUAUACAACAAAACUGAAAAGUUCUAAAACAGUCUCCACGGAGAGUGUAGAUGACAAAAGCUGGCAAGAAAAAGCAAAAGAUGAAGAAAAGGAAUUUAAAAUCACACCCAAAAAGAGUGACAGUGAGGAGGAUGAAGAUGUGAUUGAGAAAGCAGAGCUAGAAGACGCAGAGGGUAUAGUACAUGAAGAGGAGCUCAAGUACAAAUCAGAUGAGGCCAAGAAAGAAAAACUGGGGAAGGACUGGGAGACAACACAGACUGACAUGAAAUCUGCCAAAUCCGUAGGUGCUGCAGAGCACAUUUCUUUCAUCCAAGAUGAGACCAUUCCAGGUUACUCUGAGACCGAGCAGACCAUAUCUGAUGAGGAGAUUAAUGAGGAGCCAGAAGACCGAAUUCCGCAUCUUCAAUAUGACGUCAGCUCUUGUGACAUCUCUGUUCCAGACGAACCCGGAAGUUUUGACACCAUCCAUGGUAUGAAACCACCAACCAUAUCUGUUGCUUCUGAAUUAUCAUCAAAAGGAUUUGCAGUAGACCAAGAGCCAGUUUUAUCUGCUUAUGCAACCAAUAUAGUAGCAGCUCCCUUAGCUGAAGAAGAGCAUAUAUCAUCAGCCACAUCAAUCACUGAAUAUGACAAACUAUCAUCUUUUGCAACAUCUGUUACUGAAGAUCAGUCUAUAGCAUCUGUCACAGCACCACCUACGGAAGAGGCAGGAAAAAGCUCUUUAUUUUUGGACACUGUAAAUAGCAUACCAUCAUCCAGACAGACAGAUGCCACCCAAGGAAAAGAGUACCUUCACUCAGCUGGAACUAUUUCUCCAACAUCUUCAUUAGAGGAGGAUAAAUGUUUCAAAUCUCCACCUUCUGAGGAAUGUUUACCCAUUGUGCCAGAAAUGGAAACUACUGGGAAGACAGCAACUCAAACAAAUUAUGAGGAUGAAGAUGAUGAGGAAGAGGAUGAGGAUCAGACACCGAAUGUUGACAUGCCACUUGGAAAGCUCCAUGAGGGUUAUGCAUGUGCUGCCAUGCUCCAAGAAAAAGAGAAUGUUCCUGAGAAUGCUCCAGCAUCAAUGACGCCUCUUUCUUCUCCUUUGAUGUAUUCUGGUACAGAAGACAAAGAUGAAAAAGUCUCACUGUCUAAAGAUGAGCCUAAAUUAGGUUCAUCCGACCAUAGUUUGUCCUUCACACCACAUUUGCCUUACACCGCAGAGAAAAGUGUUGUUUCAGAGAGUGAAGAAAGAUGUCUCAGCCCAGAUGACAGCACUAUGAAAUUAGCCUCACCCACACAAUCAGGACCUACCAGCAGUAGCUACUCUCCAACUGAGGAAAGGACACAAAAACCAUUAAGUGUGGACAUAGAAGACAAACCUGAGAAAGAAUCUGCAGAAUUUCAGAAGUAUUUGACUCAUGAUUCUCCUGCUGACAAAAAACCUGUAAUAAUAAUUGACGAAGAGGUGGAUCCUUUCAAAAAGGGAUUCCUUAGCACAAAGGAACAAAUAUAUGACUCAGAUGAAGAAGAGGAAAAGCAUAAAGUGUGUAGUAAAACUAAAUACAAAGAGGAGAGAGAGAGCACUUUUCUUGAUGAAGAACCCACCUGUACAGCAGUGGAUGUGGAAAAUAAUGCACAAUUGUCAGCCUUCUUGGGUGAAGAGCAAAAAACCCAGAUGCUAAGCUCAGGAGAGGAAGAUGAAAGUGAAACCGAGGAUGGAACUUACUCGUGUGUAAAAGCACCUCAGAGCAUGUUAGGUUCUACUUCAGCAGACCAAGGCAAAAAAGAUGUGUCAUUCUCAGAGAUAGAUGACCCAGAAGUGAUCUCUAAAGACAGCGAUAAGGCUGUUCACUUUAACUUGUAUUCCCUCCCUGAUUGUGAAAAAGGCCUCAAAGGGGAUUCUGAAAGAGUCGUUAGGCAAGAUACACCCUAUGUUGGAAAGAGCUUUACAUACUCUGAUGUAUACGACAGUAAAUCAAGUUCAGUCGAUUCAUACUCUCCUAAUUUGCCACCAGAUAACACAUUUGAGGAUACAGAUAUUGCUGUAAAGACAACUGGGAAAGGCGAUAGCAUGGAUACAUCCACUGGGAAGAUUCCAGACAUUAAAGCAUCACAUGAAAUGGAAAUAUCAUCAGCAUUACAUGGUGAAAUGCAAGGUAUCUUUGAGCCACCUGAGUUUAAGGACAUGUCUCAAGGAACGUUCUUUGAGAAUAUAAAUAAAGCUGAACAGGAGAAAACCUCUUAUUCUAUUUCAGAGGACAGAGACCCAUUUUCAGUUAAAUUUGAAAAGCCUGAUUCAAGUGGGGUGGUAGAAGCUGGUGAACAACAAUCGGGCCAUUAUGCAAAUGACUGCCUCAUCUCUGAUUAUAAAAGUACCAGUUCUGCAGUAGGCCAAUCUGCAGUUUGCACAAAAAAAUCAAUAGCUGAAGACUUGAAGAUGCUUGCUGAUGGAGAAGAUGAAGAUGAGGAUGAAGACGAAGAGGACGAAGAUGAGGAGGAAGAUGAUGAGGAUGAUGUUUAUGAGUAUGGCGAGCAUUUAAGUGAUAAUGACACUGAGAAAGGAGCCAAAGACAGACCAGAGAAAGAUCCCAAGAGCCCACUGAGUAGCAUCACCUGCACUGUACCUACUCAAUUCCAGGAUGAAAAGACAGAUACCAUUACACAUGACUAUAGCUUUGGCUCUUGCACUUAUGGUAAGCAUCUAGAUUCAUCAACAUUUGAAUCCACUUUAAGCCAUGAGGGUCCCAAGGAUUCACUGCAUGCUGCUACAGGUGACACUUCAUCUUUGCCUACAGAAAGUCAUGUUAUAGGCUCCACUCAAUUUUCACAUUCCUCAAGUGAGGAGAAAGAUGGCUUUGUUGGAGAAGACGUUCAGUCAUAUUUGCCCUUGUCAAAGAAGUCUUUAGAUGAUAAAUAUCACUAUGAAAGCAAAGAGGUUCAGUUUGACAGGCAAAAGACACCAGAUGCACUAGAGAAGAAAACAGAUGACUCUGUUGUAUUGGGUUUAAGUUAUACUACUAUGUCAGCAACAGCGUACUCGUCUUCUUCUUCCUACAGUCAUUCCUCUUCAGCCUCAGCAUCUCUUUCUACCAGUCGCCAGUUUGGAGACGAGUUGGAGACUGCAGCCAGUACUGGCUUUGAGUAUUCCUCUUUCAAAGAUGAACAUUCACCAGGAAUGGAAUCAUCGUUCUCUAGUUCUGGUGGGCAGGUUAAGGAUGAAUAUUUAGAAGUUUCAGAAAAGCUGCCACCUGCCACCGCAACAGUUGAAUCCACCUCUAGCCUUGCAAGGUUCUCACCAUUAUCACCAUUUGAGGAAAACAAAUCUUUCCCUCCACAAACUGGUACUUGUAUAGGCGAUAAGAAAGACUCUACGAGCGCUACUUUAGAUCAAGGUCCACAGGGUCAGUGCUUUUACAAGCCAGAGUGGGAUGAUGACUCAAGAUUGCAAGCUGAAUUUGGGGCAACUGGAUUGUCUUCUUCUCUUCCUCAGGCAGCACAGAAAGACUCCAUUCCUGAAUGUCUUUAUAGUGCUUCAUCAACAUUUCAUUAUGAGGCCCCUGAAAAGCAGUACUAUGAAGACACUGAGAGUAGUGAAGAGGAGGGUGAUUAUAUAGAUGAAACUGAACAUGACAAACUACAGUACCAAAGAUCUCCACUGACAUCCCAAGCCGAAAAGAAAGAUGCCAGCUUUUCUUUGAGUGAGAAACUGUCAUUGGACACGUCUUCUGGUAUGGGAGGAACUCCUACUUCACAUGUACUUACCUCAUACACUUCCUCUUUCCCUGAACCUGUAAAACCAGACACAACAAAUGGGCCUGCAGAAGUCAUCAUGAGUGCACCACAGAGUUUUGGUGGAAUCAGCAAGAUGGAAAUAGGCCUGUCAAAAACAGAGAUGAAGAGCCAAGAAUUUGACGCAAAAGCAAUUAGAAGCCCCAAUGAAUGGGAACUCCAGCAGCAACGAGACAUAUGCCCAGGGGCCUCCCUGCCUCAUUAUCGUCAUGAGGAUGAGUAUGAAGAAGAAGAAGAAACAGAGCCAGAGCACCUGCCACGUCCGCUUUCUCUCUCAUCCACAGACCAACCUUUCCAAUCCUCUUAUUAUGCAGACAACCCAAGCAAGCAUGAUGAUGAUUUUGACCAUCCUUCAGAUGGUGGCGUUCGUCCACACUCCUCCAAAGCUUCUCCAGGUUAUUCCUCCAGUGAGUAUAAGCAGAGGAGAGGAGACACAUCACCAUCCUUCAUCAAUCCAAGCUUAUGUCAACUUUCAAGUGAUGAGGAGAAUGAAGAUCAGAGAAGCCAAGGAUCUGAUCAACAACAGCCUUAUGAGAAGAUAAGAUCUUUUAAACAACAAUCUCACAGUCAUCAUGGUAAAGACAACGAAUUACAGAACCUCUCUGGAGCCAUGGCUGCUGGGAUUAGUGCCAGUGGGGAGGACACUCCUCCAACCUCUAUCAGUGAACCAUUACAUUCCCAGUCAGAUUCCGACGCUCCUCCAGGAACAGAAGAGUGUCCGUCAGUCACAGCAGAAGGGAACGUUGACUCAGAUGAAGAUGCAGACUACCUCCCUGUAGAUAAAUCAUCUGGAGCCUUUGGUGGAAAACAGUACUCAUCUAGGUCACCUGACAAAGAUAAUGAUCCCUUCCCAUCACCAAUGAUGGACCCUGCCCCUUACCCCCCUCGUCCUGAUGUGUGUAUGGUAGAUCCUGACGCUCUGUCAAGCCUAACAGACAAAUCGGCCAAGAAAGAUUCCAAAACAAAGGGUCUACGGAAAUCAGGUAAAACAAAGUCCUCGUCUCCUGCUAGGAGGUCCAAGGACCCCUCUUCCUCUCUGAAGAAGAAGGACAUGGAGGACGAUCUGUCAAGGUCAAGCCACAACACAGGAAAAGGCCUUGUCAAUGGUCUUAAGAACAGUACAGCUAAAUCAAGUGCCGCUGUCCCACCAGGCCCUCCUAUCUAUGUGGAUCUGGCCUACAUUCCCAACCACUGCAGUGCUAAAAAUGUAGACCAGGAAUUCUUCAAGCGUAUUCGUUCUGCAUAUUAUGUCGUGAGUGGAAAUGACUCCAGCAGCGGAGAGCCAAGCCGUAGUGUACUAGAUGCCUUGCUUGAAGGAAAGGCACAAUGGGGCACCAAUCUACAGGUAACGUUAAUACCUACUCAUGACACAGAAGUGACCCGUGAGUGGUACCAACAGACCCAUGAAAAACAACAGGAGUUAAACAUCAUGGUCCUGGCCAGCAGCAGCACAGUAGUGAUGCAGGACGAGUCUUUCCCAGCCUGCAAAAUAGAGUUCUAAAUUCAACACGGCUCCCAGGUUCACAUCUUUACUCUCAAAAGGUCCAUUACAGCCUUAAUAGGAUUUUUAACCCUUUGAUGUUUAACUGCCCGUGUUGUACUGCAGCACAUAUUAUUUGUUCUCCACAAACCCAACUAAAUGGUAUAAGCAUUGAUUAUUGUUUCAUAGUUUAGAACAGAAGGAAGAUGUGCCUUUUUCUGUAUACUUUUCAGGGCGGCUUUUCCCUUUAAGUUGUACACAUACAUAAACACACAAAUGGAGAAACUACAAUUCUUAACCCUCAGAUUUUGAAUUAAACUUUACAAACACAACUAUGUUAUAUAUCCUUGUUUAUAAUGAUAUUUAACUAAAGCACAAGUGUACCUCUUUACUUCGUUUUUAACCAAAGGACCAGAAACUCCCUACUGUAAGUACUGCAUCUCACCUAAAUGAGAUUCUCCUGCUUUUCCCUGAUCGGUUCAACUACAUUUUUUUUUUCAUAUUAUUAUUUUCUUAUUAUUUUACAGUAACUAACAUGCAUCCUACAACAUCAUCUGACACACAAACAUUGUGCAUUUUAUAAUGAUCUAUGAAUCAAGUUCGCAAACAUGUGCAAAGGGCACAGAGAUUAUAUACUUCAUGGGUGAUAUCAGCAAAUACCUGGGUGCCAGAAUAAUGAAUUAUUUAAAAUCAUUUUACUAAAUUGUAUUACAUUCCUGCACUCAGAGAUUAAUGCUAUGAAUUUGAAUAAGUAUACAUUUAAAUCGUAUAGCAGAAUGAAAACAUUAGAAAUUUUAGGAUCUGAAUGCUGAAAAGGACUAAAGAGGAAUCAUUUUGUUGUACAAAUAGCCGUUUAGAAUGGGCAAAAUGACUGAGAGGUAUUGGAUUGAAAUUUUAUUUUUUUAUCAUGAAAUAAUGUAUAAAGUGUUUGUAGACAAAGUUUGAUUAUUUUUUGUUUGUUUAAGUUCAAAGAGAUCUCUGAUUUCAUUAUACUUUGAGCAUCAAAAUGGAAAUAAUUUGCAACUUAUCCCUAGUUUAAAUGAUACAACAAUGUAUAUAUGACUAACUUAAGUGUAAGAGACUAACAGUGAUGACUGUAAAAGAAUGGAAAUGACUGAGAUUAUUCAAACCAAAUUUGCUGGCAAUAGAAAUGCAUGGUGUUAAGUGAAUGACUGACUUUCUGAAAAUCUUUGAAAUGUAUGUACGAAAGUCUUGCCAUGUUUACAUUUUGCAUAGGGUUACGUAUUAGAAAGAGGUGAAGAUGUAUUUCUAAACUGCUAUAUGAAAAUUGCACUUAAAGCUUAUACAAAAGAGAUUUUAGUUUGUUUUAAGCUCACGCUAUUGCAAAAGCUCAUAUUUCUCACUAAUGUCAAUAUAAGAUAACAAUGUAGAUUACAAAGGCUUCAAUUAGAGGAAUAAAAUAAUCAUUAGUGACGGGGUGCACAAUAUGAAUAAUAGGGAGGGAUGAAGAACACUUGAUUGUUUAAUAGAAGACUAUUUGUGAAGAGUAUGCACUGCAUGUGUUACCAAAAGCUAAAUGCUGAACAUGCAUUUAAGUACUGCUAUGCUUUUAGGUGCUGGGCUCAAAAUCAACUCCUUAAUUUUGAAAGGAAGGUUGUACAGUAGAUGCAAAUUAAAACUUAAUUUUAUUUGUCACACUUUUCACAUGAUUAAAUAUAUUGUUUUAUUUUGCUUGAUUCAUAGUCUCGUUUAUUAAUCUUAAAAAUUUAAUUGUUCAGUUUUAUUGAAUGUCUUUGGAAAAAGCGGUAUUUAUGUCUAGACAAGGUUACAAAAUACACAAAUGGUUCAGCAUUGUCCUUUUUGCUUUCUAUAAGGUUAAUACGUACAAGGAUGAUCAGUUACUAGUUGCCUCUAAUGUUUUUAAGGUGCGGUAACUUUUAAGCUACUGGUUAUUUGGAUGUUCUGCCUGUCAUGGUGAAACUUGGCAUUACCACAGAAUGAAACACACACAAAUAAACAAACAAAUACCAGACUGCAGACUGCCAGAUCAAGUGACUAGUUCACUGAUCGCAUUUUAUAUUCAAAAUUUGUAAGUGUCUCUGUGAUUAUCUUUUCUUUUUGAAGACUAAAUGUUUAAAAAUAUAUAUAUAUAUGAUAACUUCAUUAUGAUGUGCUGUGCAAAACAUCCCUUAGUUAUGAGCUAUGAGUUUGAUAUAGCAUCAGAUCUUUGAAAUAUAGCAUUCCAUUGAGCCUAGCGAUGUACUGCAUGUGAUCUUGAGUUUAAACUUGUAAUAGUUCAUAGUUAUAUUAAAUAAAGUACUAUUUUAAACAUAUCUAUUUAGAUGCUAUUUGUCUCAAUUGUACUGAAAGGCACAUAUUAGCAGGCUGCGCUAUCAUUUCCAGCGUGCGGUGUUGUUAAAUGACGUACUUGGAUUUUCUUUUUCCGGUUUCUCAUGUCAUUGACUUCUUUUUUUAUGUGCAAUACUCUGUAUCUUUCUUUAGGCUAAAUGAGUGUCUACUGAUAUGUUGUAGAGUUAACAUGAUAAUCACUAAUAAAAUAUGUUAAUGGAAAACAUA